GGAGUUUCUCUGAAUGACUAGAAGUCUAUGAACUUCAAAGUACAAAGGAAUAUUCAAUUUUUAAAUUGUAAAUGAAAAUUGUCAUCCCAUCUGGGUUUGAUUGCAUCAUUGAAGUAUUCCUUUCCUCACUGGGUAUCUGGCGACCAUUGCAGUUUCGAAAUGAAUCUUAGUCGUUUGCUGAAGAGCCAAUCUGCUCUGCGGGUUUCCGAAUAGGUGUGAAACCCUAGGAGAAGAUUGGGUUUAUUUAUCCAUAUCUGGGUUUGUCUAUGGACAUAAAACAAAAACUAAACGAGUAUGUUGGACGUUAAUGGACUAGAAUGUUGCUUGUAUGUGUGGUUGGACCUUUUUCUUAUGUUUGAGAUCCUUGCCCUAGAAAUUUGGUGGUAUCUUUUGGACGCUUGUGAUAUUAUAGCGGAGGAAUUAAUUGAAUUGUUUCAGAUGUUGAUGGUUGAACUUGAAAAAUUCGUUGCGUUUGCCUUUUGUCAGAUCUCAAUACUAUAGGAUACACAGAUCGAUUGGUCCACUGAUUGAGGUUCUGAACAGUUGAAACCAGCAUAAGCUGUUACUGAUGAUCAUGAGGUACUAUGUUCAGUACUAACGUCUUGGGAUCUUUUAGAUUGUUUCUCUGCUGAUAUUUUGUUCUCUAAGGCCGGAUGUGUUCUAUUCAAAACAUGGUGUUUUAUUUCUGUGUUGCCAAGGGAAAUCGAAUCCUCCAUGCCUACAGCAGUGGUGACCCUGAGAUUGAGAAACUGGCAGUUUUGUGCUUGGAAAGGGCUCCUCCCUUCCACACUUGGUAUUUUCAAAGUGUUCGCAAAAGGACCUAUGGGUUCCUAAUGGAGGAUGGGUAUGUCUACUUUACAAUUGUAGAGCAAAGUCUUGGAAAUCGGGGGGUCCGUCAAUUUCUGGGGCAUGUAAGGGAUGAGUUUAAAAAGGUUGCAAAGAGCGGUUCAAGGGGAAGUAUAUCAGGUUUGAACUCAGUCUGCUUUCAAGAACAAUUGAUGCCUGUCAUCCGCCGUUUGAUAAACUCAUUAGAGCAGGUCUCGCAAUCUCAAUCUGAUGGCGGCUGGAUGCCUGAGUUUCCACCGUCACAACAUCCAGGGUCUUCACCGUCUCCGGAAGGUGGCCAAACUGAAGUUGCCACUUCAACUAAGGCUCCAUUGCUUCGGAAAUUUAGCAAGCAAGAGAAGAAGAAAAUGAAGGAUCGUGUAAUCGAGAUUAGAGACAAUGGCUCUGAGGAGCACCGGAAGUCUAUGGGUCGGGGAAUGAAGGUUGAUGUGUCAGCCACUGAAUCUGAUAACCAAGGCAUGGUGGUGUCUUCACUCUCAGUACAGAAGGGUUCAAGUUCAAUGAGGAGUAUGACAGAUCCACAGCAUGCUCGAUACCUGUGGUGGCGCCAAGUCUGGAUUGUUAUUGCUGUUGAUGUAGUUGUGUGUUUAAUUUUGUUUGGAAUAUGGUUAGGGAUUUGUGGCGGCUUUGGAUGCGUUUCUGGUUAGGUAUUCCCUCUCUCUGUUGCAACUAAGAGUUCAAAUUGAAUCCCAAACCUGAAUUGUGUCCAUUACACAUCUGUCACGUAGGAUCUCACUCUUUCAUGCAAAUAUCAGCACAAUUUUGGGGGGUUGGCUUCUCAGUGAAAUGAAGCAUCAAGCUUCCCCUCAUAGAGUUGCAAAUGGAAAAAAAAAAAAAAAAAGCUUCUAGGUAUGCACGACAAUCUAUAUGGGUUAUUAUCAGUCCUUGAUAUUUCCUCGUACAAUUAUCACAUAGCCUUUAUUACAUGUAUAUCCUCAUCACCACUAUGUCUUCUGAGUUAUUAUGAGCUAUCGGUUGGGAUUUUCUUUGGUUACUUGUUAUAGCUAUGUGGGGUUCUCCAAUCUUCAGAAUUACAUUUUUGUCUUUAUUCAAGCAUGCCUUUUGGGUAAA